ACGGGCAACGGACAGGAAUAAGAACGACCUGAAGCCGUCUUUGUUCCCAGACAGGUACCGUCCGGUCUGUAACGAGAAGCCCGAGUAGCCAUCUUUGUUUCUGGCAAGUGACGGCCACAAAAAUGGCUGAUGUCGUAUAGCUUUGACUAGCGCUGGCAGGAUACCCUCAGCAACUUGGCGCGGCACAUCUAACGUCAUGGCGCUUCUUGCUGACCUCACUCGCUCCGGAAUUAAACCAGCGAUUCCAGGGUUCUCCCGGCCUCUCCCUGUCCCACGCCUCGAAGCCGGGAAACCUUAAAGUGAAGACAUAAAGGACCCGGAAGUAAUGAGGACCGCCAAGCACGUGAUGGGGGGCGCGCCAUUUCUGUCACGUGACCCGUCAACCUGGCGUCCCCGCGAACGGAACGCUCAGCUGCUCUUAAAGUCGCAGACCCUCAUCCACCCCGUCGGGACCGAUCUGAGCGCGCGCUGGCUUUGGACCCUGCGGGAGACCCGAAGUUGGGAUCAUGGAAGGUCGUAGGGGAGCGUGGCGGCGCCUUUCUGAUUCAGAGGAAGAGGAGACUGCCUCGCAACCUCCGCCCCCUCUGCUGGACCGGCAGGGCACCCAUUGGAGGAACGCGGUGGGUUUCUGGGUCCUGGGCCUUUGCAACAACUUCUCUUAUGUGGUGAUGCUCAGCGCUGCCCAUGACAUCCUUAGCCACCACAGGUCACCUGGGAACCAGAGCCACGUGAACCCAACACCCACACCCCACAAUAGCUCGUCUCGAUUUGACUGCAACUCUGUCUCCACAGCUGCAGUGCUCCUGGCCGACAUCCUCCCUACGCUUAUCAUCAAACUGCUGGCUCCUCUUGGUCUUCAUCUGCUGCCCUACAGCCCCCGGGUUCUUGUUAGUGGGAUUUCUGCAGCCGGCAGCUUCGUCCUGGUUGCCUGGUCCCAUUCUGUGACCAUCAGUCUAUGCGGUGUGGUCCUAGCUAGCAUCUCGUCGGGCCUGGGAGAAGUCACCUUCCUGUCACUCACCGCCUUCUACCCCAGGGCUGUGAUCUCCUGGUGGUCCUCGGGUACUGGGGGCGCAGGGCUGCUGGGGGCAUUGUCCUACCUGGGCCUCACCCAGGUCGGCCUCUCUCCCCAGCACACCCUGUUGUCCAUGCUGGGUAUCCCUGCCCUGCUUCUGGUCAGCUAUUUCUUGUUGCUCAUAUCUCCCGAGCCCCAGGACCCUGGAGGGGAAGAUGAGGCAGAGACAGCCGCUCGGCAGCCCCUGAUGAAUGACGAGGCCCCAAAGUCAAAGCCAGGCCCCAGCUCAGACUUCUCCCCUCGGGAGAAGUGGACUGUGUUCAAGGGCCUGCUGCGGUAUAUUAUCCCCUUGGUCCUGGUGUACUUUGCUGAGUAUUUCAUCAAUCAGGGACUUUUUGAGCUCCUCUUCUUCCGGAACACAUCCCUGAAUCAUGCUCAGCAGUACCGCUGGUACCAGAUGCUGUACCAGGCCGGUGUCUUCGCCUCCCGCUCUUCUCUCCGCUGCUGUCACAUCCGCCACACAUGGGUGCUGGCCCUGCUGCAGUGCCUCAACCUGGCCUUCCUGUUGGCGGAUGUAUGGUUGAGCUUCCUGCCAAGCAUCUACCUCAUCUUCCUGAUCAUUCUGUUUGAGGGGCUCCUAGGGGGUGCAGCCUACGUGAACACCUUCCACAACAUUUCCCUAGAGACUAGUUACAAGCACCGGGAAUUCGCCAUGGCAGCUGCCUGUAUCUCUGACACCUUGGGAAUCUCCCUAUCAGGGAUCCUGGCCCUGCCUCUGCACAACUUCCUCUGCCACCUCACCUGACACUCCAGAUCCUUGGGGCACAGGACACACUGACCUGGGUAGAUGGGCAGGCAAGUCAUACACAGACACACAGCUCCAGCUGAGCCCGGACCUCCCUGGCCUGCUGCUGUGAGCCAAGGGCGGCUGUUGUCGCCCACUCCCGCUGGCCUCGGCGUGCAGGGUGGGAGGAGGUCUUUCUUGGCAUUAUACCCUCAGAAUAAAUGCCUAUUUUAUCAAUCAUCUCUUGUGUCACUUUUCUCUC